AUGGAUCAUGCCUCAAGCUCAAUUGCACAUCCACCAUAUUUCGAUCGCAACAACUAUGGCGCUUGGAAGGCCAAAAUGAAGUCGUUUCUUUGGUCCUUAGAUGAACGUGUAUGGAGUAUAGUGGUUCAUGGAUUUCCUAAACCCACAAAGAAGAUCGGAAAAGGAGAUGAAGAAACCACAGUCCUCAAAACUAGAGAGGAGUGGACCACUGCAGAAGUCACACACAACACUAAUAAUCAAAAGGGGUUAAAUGCUUUAUUUACUGCUGUCUCUUUAGAUCAAUUUGAAUAUAUAUCUGGUUGUGAUACUUCUAAGGAAGCUUGGGAUAUUUUGCAGGUUACUCAUGAAGGAACAAAUACUGUCAAGGGAGCCAAACUUCAAAUGCACACUUUACAGUUUGAGACACUCAUGAUGGAUGAGAAUGAAACUUUUUCUGACUUUUAUGCUAAAUUGUGUGUAAUUGUGAAUGCUUGUUCAAGUUUAGGUGAAAAAAUUCCAGAAGACAUGGUUGUGAAAAAGAUUUUGAGAUCCUUGCCUCAACGAUUUCAACCAAAGAUCGCGGCUAUUGAAGAGAUCCAUGACUUGAACACCUUGAAAGUUCAAGAACUCGAUGAAGAUGAUGGGCAUUUAAAUGAAGAUUGCAGUGAUGAGGAAUUUACGAUUCUCACAAGACGAUUCAUGAACUUUCUCAAGAAUCAGGAUCCAAGGAGUCGAGAUUCAAAAGGUAUAAAUUCUAAAAAUAGGUUUGUUAACUAUAUUGAUGGUGGGUCUAAAUUUCGCAGGUCAAAUGAACGAAAGAAUCCAAGAGAAAAGGUCCAAUGUUUCGAAUGUGAAGACUAUGGACACAUAUCUUCGGAAUGUGCUAACAUCUUAAAGAAACAAAAGGAUGGCAAGAAUAAGGCAAUGCAUACUACUUUGAGUGAUAGUGAAUCGGAAUGCGAGAAUGAUGAAAAGGCGGUUGCACUCAUAACCACAAUUAGCUUCGAUGAAUCACAUGAGGAUGAUGAUUGUAAAGAUAUAAAUAUUGAGUUUAUCAUGAACAAAUAUGAUGAUUUGUUGGUUGCUUCUUAG